AUGUUUUCCGAACAGUGCAGCUCUAAUUUGAACAGUUAUGGACCGUCACUGGCACAAACGUGCAAUGGAACCUCGUUUCUAGUUUUUAUGACUCUGGUAGACGCUUUAUUAAGAGAUUCUUGUAAAGUAUCAGACGCGCAGGGUAGAAUUAUUCCUAAACAAGUCCCAGAUCCAGAAUAUGAUUUUGUCAUCAUCGGUUCUGGCACGGGUGGAUCUACUGUAGCGGGUAGACUAGCGGAAAUCAAGCAAUGGAAAAUCUUACUAAUUGAAGCUGGUGACGAUGAACCAGUCGGAACUCAAGUUCCAUCAUUUGCAACCAAUUACCUGGACACCUCCAUAGAUUGGGGCUUCAAAACCGAACCGGAACCGGUCGGAUGUCAAGGAUUCGAGGAAAAGCGAUGCUCAUGGCCCAGAGGCAAAGUGCUCGGAGGUACUAGCGUUAUAAAUGGUAUGAUGUUUAUGAGAGGGACGCCAAAAGAUUAUGAAAAAUGGGUUGAUGCUGGAAAUACCGAAUGGAGUUUUGACCAGUUGAUACCAGAUUUCAAAUCGUACGAAGACGCUAGAGAUAUUGGAUUGAUUGACUUGAAAAACCGAGGACGAGGAGGUCCUGUGACGAUACAAAAAUUCAGAUAUCAGCCACCUAUCGCUUGGGAUAUUUUGAGAGGUGGACAGCAGAUUGGUUAUAAUAUUAGUGACGAUUUGAAUGGAGAUAAUAUUAAUGGAUUUGCUGUUGCUGAGAUGAACAAUAGAGAUGGAAUCAGAUUAAGUUUGGCCAAAGCUUUUGUGCGCCCUCAAAAAAAUAAUAAAAAUUUUCAUGUAAUGCUUAACACAACAGCCUCAAAAAUCAUUAUAGAAGAAAAAAAUGGCGAAAAAUAUGCUUCAGCGGUAAAUCUAAUUUACAAUAAUCAAAUAUUUACGGUCAAUGUGAAAAAAGAAGUGAUAGUCAGUGCAGGAGCUGUACAAACUCCUCAAGUACUUUUGCUGUCAGGGAUCGGCUCAGAAGAGAUUUUGCAGCCUGUAGGUAUCGACCAGGUACACAAUUUAACGGCCGUAGGCAAAGGACUACAAAACCAUGUCAGUUUUGAAAUGGAAACUUCAAUAGAUCGAAGUGAUGUAAACAUGCUGAACUUCAGAACUGUUAGAGAAUAUCUUUCGAAUCAAACUGGUCCAAUGAGUUCAACUGGAUUAGGACAACUUACUGCAAGAAUUCACAGCGAAUAUAGCACUGCAGAUAAUCCAGAUAUUCAAUUUUAUUUCUCUGGAUUGGACGACGAAUGUGCUCGAACUGGAAUUCCUGGUGAGCUUAACGAUAUUACGAAUCCUAGGAAACGACAAAAUGUCUUUAUUAAUCCCACUUAUUUGCACACAAAAAGUAAAGGUUACAUUGGUUUGCAUUCCAAUAACCCAUUUGACCCACCAAAAAUCGUAGCCAACUAUCUCACAGAGGAACAAGAUAUAAAAGGUCUGAGAGCUGGAAUAAGGAUUGUUCAAAAACUGAUAGAAUCUCCAAUUUUGAAAGAGAAAUAUGGGAUGAUGUUGGAAAAUAAAACUUAUGGAACUUGUGCUGAACAGCAUCAAUGGGACUCAGACGAUUACUGGACUUGCGCAAUAAAAUAUAAUACCCGUCACGAAAACCAUCAAGGCAGCUCUUGUAAAAUGGGCAACGCAACUAACCCAGAGGCGUGUGUGAAUCAAAAAUUACAACUGCAUGGUAUUGAAAAUAUCAGAAUAAUGGAUGCGUCGGUUUUUCCAACUCUACCGUCAGCUAACCCGCAAGCUUCUAUUAUCAUGGUAGCUGAAAGAGGGGCGAGAUUUAUCAAGGAGCUGUAUCUAAAUACAGUAAAAUGAAGUAAAUUGUAAAUUCCAAUGCGUAUAAUUUGUAACUGCUUGAUUAAAUUUUCAACUUCAUGAAUGACUGUUGCGAUCAGAAAUAAAAAUUCAAAAACUGCACUAUAAAAAUAUAAAAACUUUAUUUUUCCCUAAUAAUUCACAAUACAUUUAAUAUAGGUGUAUCAUAUAAUUAUUGGAUCAUAAAAGCGUUUCAAAAACGUUGGCAAAAUAAUAAUACUCUAAAUAAUACGUUUCUAGGGGGUAAAUCAUAAAAAUAUAUAUAAAAAAACCUCGAAAGCCAGGCUUAAAAUGCGUUUUUGUAAGCUGGAGGAGUGGCAAAC